CUUCAAGAUCCAAUUCUAAACCGAGGGCUCCUCAACCAUGGCCAAGCACCAUCCUGAUUUGAUUAUGUGCAGGAAGCAGCCGGGGAUCGCUAUUGGACGGCUCUGCGAGAAGUGCGAUGGCAAGUGUGUGAUCUGCGACUCCUAUGUCCGUCCCUGCACUCUGGUUCGGGUCUGCGACGAGUGCAACUAUGGGUCGUUUCAGGGCCGAUGUGUUAUCUGUGGAGGAGUGGGGAUCUCUGACGCCUACUAUUGCAAGGAGUGUACUCAGCAGGAGAAGGAUCGGGAUGGGUGCCCAAAGAUUGUUAACCUAGGUAGUGCAAAGACGGAUCUGUUCUAUGAACGUAAGAAAUACGGUUUUAAGAAGAGAUGAUUGGCAUCAGACGGACAAGUUAUAUCCUCGUGCUUAACUUUGAGUUUCGCCUAGUAUUGAUGUGUUGGACUCGGAAAGAUGUUUGAGGUUCUAGUUUGCAUCAUUAGUCAGAGUCUCAAACUGCUUGAAUUUUCUUUUAGUAAUGAAUGCUGAUGACACAUGAGUACUAUUCUUAUAUGUAGACUAUAAACAAAGUGCAGGCCGUUUGCAUUCA